AUGGAGGGGGAGAGGAAGAGCAAGGGCGAGAGAGGGCAAGGGACCGGGCGCUGGCAUACCAGGGGGGGCAGGGUGGUGGGCGGCGACCGCCGCAUACCGUCCUACGGCGGGGACUAUCGCUACGCCAGGGAAGACAAGGGCGUCGAAGUGCAGCUGCUGCUGUUCGAGUCGUUCGGCGGGUUCGCGAGGGGGGUCCGUGAGAUCCUCCGGAAGGCGGCGGACGUGCUACAGAACAAGCUGACGCGGGCCCAGUACCUCGAUGAGGCGACUUGGACCACCAAGAGCUGGCUGGGGCUGCAGAGGCAGCGCAUCUCAGUCGUUCUUCACACGGCCAUCGCAGAGCAGGCGGCUCCCGUGGUGUACCUGUGUUAG